CGCUAACACUCAGAUGGAAAACAAUGUGACUCCUGUUUACUUGGCGGCACAGGAGGGACAUUUGGAUGUUCUCAGUUUUCUUGUACUGGAAGCUGGUGGCUCCCUCUUGCUUCGAGCGAAAGAUGGAAUGGCUCCAAUUCAUGCUGCUGCUCAAAUGGGGGCUCUAAAAUGCGUCACGUGGAUGGUAGAAGAACAAGGAAUAGACCCGAACUUGCGUGAUCAUGACGGCGCCACUGCAGUUCACUUUGCUGCCAGCAGAGGCCAUUUAAAUACUUUGCGAUGGCUUCUAAGCCAUGGCAGUCGAAUUUCAUUGGACAAAUUCGGAAAAAGCCCAAUGAAGGACGCAGCCGAAAACGGCCACAUAGAGUGUUACACGCUUCUAAAAAAGUAUGCUUCAUACCCCCAGAAGUUUAUUAAAACUGUAGACUGGUGCUGUCGACAAAAGGCCUCACGCCACAGAUCGAGUUCCGACGGUUGUUCUCAUCAGUCCUCGCCAUCAGACGAAAGUUUCGUUUGGUCUGAAGACGGUGGGUAUACUGGUAAAUAUAUAUUCGAGGAGGAGGCGCAAAGAGGUUCUAACCAUCAUCGACUUGCCCUCAAAUGUGUGAGGAAUUCCUACAGACCUAAACUUGGAGAGUUUCAAUGUUGUCAUUUUCGACCUACUACUGCUACUACUACUGUUAAUAACAGGUCAAAGUCUGACCAUCGCCACCUCAGGAGAUUCAGCAAAGUAGGUUCGGUUGGUAGCCGUGUGAAAAGGUACGAGCCAUCUCUUACAUUAAACCCCCCUUCAGCUAACAAAACAUCGUUUUACUUGCACCAUUCUCACAUUAGUCCUGAUGACCGAGUAAAGAAAUUGUUUGAGAACACUAGAGAGAGCCACCUUCACUCAGCUACUAGAAGCACGUCAUAUCAAAAAUCUACCAAAAACGUUUCAACAGAAACCA